AUGAAUAAUCAAAAUGCCGUGGCCACGCUGCUGCAGGAGUGCAAGCAAGCUCUGGAUGCACUCCUGGCGUCAAAGGCUGACGCAGGCGAGGAAGAGGAGCGGGAAUACCAGCGGUGCCAAGCUUUGCUUCCUGAGGACUUGAGGACCCUUCUGGAGGAGGCAAAGGAAAUGAAGUGGCCCUUUGUGCCAGAGAAGUGGCAAUACAAACAAGACCUCGGCCCCGAAGACAAAACAAACCUGCAAGAUAUGAUCAGCACGAGGCUCCCUGAUUUGCUGGUGUAUCUGAAAGCCUCCAUCAUGGUCAAAGACUUCGUAACGGCAACUGCUAUUGUGUUCCUGAUUGACCGGUUCCUGUAUUGGAUUGAUGCCUCCAGCAAACUUCUUCAGAUUGCCAAAGGUUUGCACAGGCUGCAGCCCACCACGCCGAUCGGUCCUCAGGUGCUCAUCCGCCAGGCUCGCCUCUCCGUCAACAGAGGUAAACUUCUAAAGGCUGAGUAUAUCCUAAGCAGCCUUAUUAAUGACAACGGAGCAACAGGUACCUGGCGAUACGCUAAGGAAAGUGAUAGGAUUCUUGUUCAGUCAGUCUGCUUACAAAUCAGAGGACAGAUUCUGCAAAAGCUUGGGAUGUGGUAUGAGGCAGCAGAGUUGAUUUGGGCUUCAGUUGUGGGAUAUUUCAAGCUUCCUCAACCAGAUAAAAAGGGAAUUGCUACUUCCUUGGGUAUUAUGGCAGACAUCUUUGCUUCCAUGAAUGAGAAGGAUUAUAUUCGAUUUAAAGCCAAUGCUGAGAUUGACCUCAGCCUUCUCCGAGAGUGUGAUCAUCGCUUAUUAUCAGCUGCUGAGGCCUGCAAACUAGCAGCAGCCUACAGCCAGUACACCCCGCUGUUUGUCCUCACAGCUGUGAACAUCCGCGGGGUGUGUUUGCUGUCCUAUAGUCACUCCAGGGACUGUCCCCCAGAAAAGAGAAAGUUCUACUUGUCCGAAGCCAAAGAAUCCUUUGAGAUCGGCCUCCUCACCAAGAAUGAUAAGAGUCCCAUCAACAGCAAGCAGGAGCUCCAUAGUUUUAUUAAAGCUGCUUUCUGCCUCACAACCGUGCAUCGAUGGCUCUAUGGGGAGAGUGAGAAACUCUGUGCAGUGAGUCAACUAUGCAAAGAAGCCCUGGGAAAACUGCAUUCAUACAGCACUUCUUUUACAGAGGAUGAGGAGAAAGGAAUGCUUGCCAAAGAGAUCAUGUCCCUGAUUACAUCCGUGAAGAAGCACCUGCAAGUGGAAGGCUUCCCUAAUUCCGAUGAUAGGUCUUAUGUUCCAGACAGUUAUAAAGGCACAGUGGAAAAACCUAUCCUGCAAGGGAAAGCCAACUUUGAGAAAAUCCUUGGCGUGCAUUCUCAGCAUCAUCUGUCAGUGUGUGAAGUGUUUGAAAAUACUUGCAGGCUUCAUAAAACCGCACCAGGAGAAACCCAAGUGGGAGCUUGUAUCACAGCCUUAAGAACAGAAACCAAAAACAUAGACACUGUGUGUACUACUGAAGACAUAGUGCACCGAAGGAAAGACGCUGCGAAAAUGCUGAGUUCACCAACAGCAGGAAGUAGCUCAGAGAGACUCGGCGGCCGAAGAAAUAAAGGCAUUGACUCUGAUGUGAUGAAAAUUUCCUUUGAUGAAGAGAUCGAGCCAUUAGAAAGAGAAAUAAAUGAUGAAAACAGUGUUUUCAGCAGAUGGCAAAACAGGAGUCAAAGCACUACUUCAGAGAGCUCUUGGUGCAAGCUGUCAAAAUCAAGUUACUCUUCCAGCUGGGAGGAACUAAACUGCAGUAGCAGCAAAGAGCCUCCCAGGGGAGGGCAGCAGCAAGAAAAGGGCUCAGCGGAGGAGCAGUGUUGCACAACAGAAUCUGAUGAAAACGGUCAAGCUGCAUAUUUGCAUUCAUUGUCUCCCAGAGCCUUGCAUCCUUGUCCUCGAGGGCCUCUACGUAGCUGUCGGGGACCUCCUCGGCCUUCCUCAGCAGCGGAUGCACCUCGAGCUGGGAGGCUGGCAGAGAAGGCGUCUCCUCGUGGAGAAGAGCUGUGGGAAGGAAGACACCGUGGAAAGAGCCCUUCAGAAAAGAAGGCAGGCGAAGUGAACAACGCGGCUCCUUCCCUCUCCGCCCCGUGCUCUGUUCCUACCGGCCCGGAGGAGGAGGAGGAGGAGGAG